GAGAGAAAUGCUCCCUUUGUCAAGAAGUCAUCCCUCAAACAUUCAAUGGGAAAAAAUUGUAACAAGAAGACAAUUUCCUUUUCAAGAAACAACACUAUUUUCUCUUAUUCGCAAAAUAGCGAAAUCAAUUCUGAUUGAAAGGUGAUCAAGCCUAGCAAGGAAGAUGAAGCCAAGAUUCCCAAUCAAUUGAAUAUAGAGGGCAAAGAAAAGAAAUCAGCUCCAGUUUUUCAUAAGCUGAACUCUCUUCCACAUAUGAAACCACCUCUUUCAAAGAAUAGCACGAAAGGGAGUACUUCUCACAUGAAAUUUUCACAGAAAAAUUCUCUCUCAAGCUCAUCCACCUUUAAGAACAGCACUGGAAGUCUUGCUAGGUUUGGAAACCUUCAACGCCAGAGUUGGAAUAAACAAAGGGACCCUUCACUCACCCAAAACACACACCAAAAUGUAGAUUUCUUAAAAUCCAAGAGCUCCACUCCCCUCAGGAGCAACUAUUACUCCAAAAUGGAUAUGUUUAGACAGAAAAACAAGAUUGGGAGUGACUCGCCACUGAUUGAGAUAUUCAAGAAGCCGAAUUACUUCACUGACAAAUAUGAUAUGAUCCGGAGCCCUCAGCCACAUUACUAAUCCUUCCUAUC